CGGAGGAGCCGAGGCCACGAGCCGACGGGGCCGUUACUGGGCUGGACAAUUUCCACAACUGCAGGUAAAGCUGUGUGGAUAGAAGAGGCUGCAGGGCUGAUGGGGUGUCCGUUUCUGGGCUGAAGUACUGCUACAUUACUAAGCUAAAGGAGGCUAACGGUGCUUAGAGUUACCACUGACAGAAACGUGACUGUAUGCAACGUGUCUGCCCAUCAUAAAGACAGCAAGAAGUGCCGUGUUCGCGUCUGUGACGGGCCGUUCGCAGACGAGUCGUUCGUUUGAAACGACUCUUUUCUCGGUAACGAUUCGAAUCUUUUGAACGAUUCUUUUGUUUCUAAAAGUUUCUAAAGACUUGGGACAUCCUGGAGAAACAAAUGGCGGACGUCAAGCCAGACCUAGAGAGUCUAAAGCGGAUGCGUUCUAACGCACAACGGAACUUUACAACACGGAUAAACCGCCUUAGCGUUAGCGCUGGUCGUUUACGUGAAUCAGAUUUGUCAGAAGAGUUAAAAAGACUUAAAGACGAUUAUGAUAAACUCCUCGAUGCCAGUAAUGACUACAUCGACGAUCUGGGGCAGACAGACCAAUCAGGCGACGACGGUGAGUCACGUGACGCCCUGGCAAAGAGAGAUGCCAAUGAGCAAAAAUACAUUGACGCUGACAGCAUGAUCAUGGAUGUGCUGUGGUCCAAGUAUGCAGCGCCAGAAAUAGACACUCUCGUAAUGCAGUUCAAGUCUGCUUUUGUUCAGGCUGUGGCAUGUGGGAAAGAUACGAUAGUGCCAUGGUCGCAGCAAGGGGUUGAAAGCAGCAAACUAGAGAGGAAACUCCAUGUACUCAGGGACACUGUGUAUAAUUGGAGAGACUAUCGACCGUACGGAAAGGACAAAUGGAUGCUCUUCUUAUCAUUGAAAGAGGACAAGGAGCAACUGAUGGAUGAGUGGAUAUGCCGACGGGAAAACGAGAAAGAGAAGAGGGGCAGCACAGAGCACAAUAACGAUGGGGACAGCGAUGGAAGUGAGAAGGAAGAGGAUGAAGAUGUGGGAGGUGAUAACGCGGUUGGCAGGGACCUGUAGACGUUACGAGCCCACCUCCGUCCAUACCUGCUGUUGGGGCAGGCAUCAUUACCAGCUCUCCUCAAGUUGCUACUGUCAGUAGUCAUCCACCAAGCAG